AUGAUUUAUUUUAAUUUACUUAUAUUUUUGUCUUCAUUUAUUGGAUAUAUUAAUGGUACACCAAUUGGUCAAGGUGUUGUUCCAACAGUUAUUGGAUGUAAUGUAUGUGGACCACAAAAUCAAAAUCUAAUUGGAGAAUGGAGUAAUUGGAGUGAAUGGGGUACAUGUCAAAAUUAUUCUGGAUCUUAUGGACAAAUAAGAUCAAGACAAUGUAUAGGUAGUGGUUGUGUUGGAGGUAAUGAAGAGGCACGUCAUUGUACUCCAGAUAAUAAUGGAUGUAAUGUUUGUGGUGGUACAGUUAAUUCAUGGAGUAGUUGGAGUGAAUGGGGUUUAUGUGAAGAAACAGAUCAAGGAUAUGUUAAAAAAAGAACUAGAAUAUGUCUUUCAGGAUCUUGUCAGGGAAAUAAUUUAGAAAUUGAAAAUUGUAUUCAAUAUGAUGCACCACCAACAUGGGAAAAUUGGUCUUCUUGGUCUCAAUGUAGUGCUUCAUGUGGUGGAGGUACACAAAGAAGAACAAGAAAAUGUGAUACUAAAUGUGGAGUAUGUCAAUGUGCUGGAGAAAGUCAACAAAUUAGACAAUGUAAUACACAAGCAUGUUGUACACCUGGAAAUUGGCAAGAAUGGAGUACUUGCUCAAAUCAAUGUGGAAUUGGACAAAGAAUGCGUAUUAGAAUAUGUUUAUGCAGUAAUUGUCAAAGUGGUACAACUCAACAAGAAACUUGUAGCUCUUAUACAAAUUGCCCACCUCAAAAUAAUCCACCAACAUGUAGUACAUGUCAAACACCGGCAACACAACCUCCAGUAACAUGUCCUACUUGUGGACCAUUAGUAAAUCAACCUCCAAAAACAUGUUCAACAUGUGGACCAUUGGUAAAUCAACCAUCACCAUCAACUUGUACAACAUGUGGUACAUCAUCCAACAAUAACGGAGAUGUAAUUACAGUAGGAGGUGUUAUAGGUUAG